UCCUCUGCCCGUCGCUGCGCUUGGCGGCGGCGCUCAUCUCGCUCCGGCUCCGCCCUGCCGCUCCUCGGCCCCCUCCGCCGCUCCCCAGGCCCCUCCUCUGCUCCGGCACCGCCGCUCCCCUUCCCCCUCCGCCGCUUGCUUGCCGGUCGCCGUCACCAUUCCGUUCCACCGGCUGCUGCACCCGCACGAGCUGGACGGCGCACGCCGGCUACCUUCCCACUUCCCUGCUACCGCCGCCCCUCUCCUACCGUCGUCGCCCGCCGAUCUCAUACCAUCGACAUCAAGCUCAUCAGGCUCCAGAUUUAGGACAUGGGACCUGAGCAUGUGUUUGAUGACUUGACUAAGGCGCUGAAAGACCGUGCAGAUUUUGUAGAUUUUGAUCUGCCAUCUUCGCUGAAAGAAUGGAAGCUAGGCUACUACAUACCAAUUAAGCGGAAUAUUUAUCUUACUAAGAAGCGGGUUGAAGAUGAUGGCAUCUUUUGUUCAUGCUCCCUUUCUUCUGAAUCCUCAGUUACUUGUGGCAGAGAUUGCCAAUGCGGCAUGCUGUUCUCUUGUUGUUCAUCAAACUGUAAAUGCGAGAACAAGUGUGCCAAUAAAUCAUUCCAGCUCCGACCUGUGUUCAAAACAGAAUUGAUUAAGACAGAGAAAUGUGGCUUUGGAUUGAUAGCCAAGGACGAAAUAAAGAAAGGACAAUUUGUUAUAGAAUAUGUAGGAGAAGUUAUUGAUGACAGAACUUGUGAGGAAAGGCUAUGGAAAAUGAAGAGACAACGUUACACUAACUUCUAUCUUUGUGAGGUCAGUAGCAAUAUGGUCAUUGAUGCGACAAACAAGGGGAACAAGUCCAGGUUUAUCAAUCAUAGUUGUGAACCAAACACAGAGAUGCAGAAAUGGACUGUGGAUGGAGAGACCAGAGUUGGAAUUUUUGCUCUUCGUGACAUAGAGAGAGGGGAGGAGCUGACCUAUGACUAUAAAUUUGUCCAGUUUGGAGCAGAUCAAGAUUGCCAUUGUGGGUCUUCAAACUGCAGAAAAAUGGUUGGCACGUCUAAGUCAUUCAACUCAUUUGUUCUUCACAAUGGCAACUCAGGAAGCUCACAAGAUCAGCACGAUAUAAAGAAAAGAAAGACAACCUCAGAUAAUUGUAUUGGGGAGAUCAUCCGUUUAUGGGAUCGACGAGAUAAAAUGUAUGCCUUCACAACUUCAAAUCUGGUUGAUGACGUUAGAUGUCCUUUUAUCUGUUGUUUUCAGUUGCCGGCCCGGUUUAACCCCUUGUCUUUCAAUAUUCUGCCUUUCAGGUAUGUCCCAGCAGUUGUACAUGACUAUGAUGAGUACACCGGAUUGCAUACUUUACUGCUUGAUGAAGAAACUACUGAAAAAUUUGAUAUGAGAGAGGAAGAUUGGGAUUUUCUACCGCCGAUCUGGAAGGCCAUAAACCUGCAAAUUGAAAAGUAGGGAGGGACUGAGCCAGUUGUGGGCUAAAAAAUGCCUAGCAGCCCAGCCGAUAAUUCAGCCUCACAGCUGAUAAAUCGGCUUGUCAGACAAAUUAACUGGACCUACCAGUUAAUGGCUCGAAUAGCACGUUCUCGUAUCGGGACGGGUCCGGAUAGCAAUUAACUGACCAUAUCGGCAGUUAACUGAUCAUCAACAUCAGCUGAUCUGUUCCAACCAGCAAUUGGCUGUUCUUUCAAAAUGUUACCAACUGUACAAAAAUCCCCCAACACCCCGUCUGGAUGUUGGAGUCGGGCUGAGGAAUCGAAAUUGUAUCUUUACGAACUCUGCUGUUUGGGUGGCGAGAGUACUGGAUUUUGAAGGCCCGUACCGUGAUCUGUGCCGUCCGGGUCCUGCAAGGUUGCUGGUAUUGAUGUGCCCAUGUAUCCAUCUCUUGAACUCUCUUGUGGAAGAAAGAAGUUCCCUGUUUAUAUUAGUAGAAGGUGAGGUAGCUGGAGACCCGUCCGGGUCCUGCGAGAUUGCUGGAAUUGCCGGACUCAAUGAUACAGUUGUAGGGCAGCCAUGGUCAUGGAUGGGAACCUGGCAUCGGGAACUCCAGAGAGAGCAACAUGGAGUACGUAUGGAGAAGAAAGAUGGCUCUGUGAGGA